GUUACCUCAUCCAGAGCAGCUAGUGCACACGGAGCCGGGAGAACUUGUGGGAAAGUAAACAGCACAGGAGAAUUCCAAUCUGUGUUCAGCCACUUGCAGCACUCACAGGAGACUAUAAAGAUGAAUGUGCUGGACCUGGCAGUGUGCUAAAAACUGGGAGUUUAUGGGAGGUAACAAGGAUUAAAGGGUCACCAGGGAGUGCCUGAAGCUUCUCGGAGGACAUACUACUGAGGACAAGGAGCUAUCAUGUCUGCUGUGAUAACUCAGCAACCGCCAAAGGAGGAUGAAGAGGAGGAGGAGGAGGAGCAAGGGGAAGAAUUUGUGUUUGAAGACAGCACGGAUGAGGAGAAACUUCAGGAGGACAGUAAAGGAGUCGGCCCCGAAUCUGCAAAACCUGUCCAGAUGUCAAAAAAGGAAGACAGUGUGACAUCAGACAAUGUAUCACAAACAGUCACAGACAGCACACAACAACUUUCUAAACCUUUGCCUCCUGCUGGACAAGAGGAAAUUCCCACCAAGGAUGUAACUCCCACUACAGAUGUUCCAGUUAGUGAGUCUCCCAGCUGGGCCUCAACAGCAGCCGAUCCCAGUAUCCCAGCUCCGCGUGUGGGAGAGGAGCUUCCGAGGCUUCCUGUGGCGCCAUCAGCUGUGGAGGUGGCGGCUGAUUCUGGAGACAACAGCAAGGAAACCGUUAAGGAAAGUUCCGGCUCCAGGGACAUCUCUGAAGCGGUACGUGCGCCUGAAGCUGAGUCGCAGGCGGCGGAGGAUUUAGAGGUGAUCUAUGAUGAUGUUCCAAGUGAGGACCCCGUUUCUCCUGAUGACGCAGAUAUCUAUGAAGAUGUUCAGAGGGACAGUGCUCCUGUGAACACAGACAAUGGGUGGAGCUCCAGCGAGUUUGAGAGCUAUGACGAGCAGUCUGAUAACGAGAGCAAACAACCAACACGGAGCAAGGUUCAACAGCUCAUGAAGGCGGCGAGAAGCGGAACGAAGGAUGGGCUUGAAAAGACCAAAAUAGCCGUCAUGCGGAAAGUUUCCUUCCUUCAAAGAAAAGAUACAUUAGAAGAGGAGGAUGAUGCAGGAUACCUGGAUGUGGCUGUGUCAGAAGUGAAGCAUCCUCCCCCACAGUUGAGCCCCAUGCCAGAAGGGCUGACCAACCACCAGGUUGUCAGACGCCAUAUCCUCGGCUCCAUCAUUCAGAGUGAGCGCAGCUACCUGGAGUCUCUCAGGAGGAUCCUGCAGGAAUACCACAGACCGCUGAUGGAAGCUGAUCCUCGCAUCCUGAGUCCACGGAAGAUCCGGCCUAUAUUUUACCGAAUCAGGGAGAUUACACAGUGCCACUCCAUGUUUCAGAUUGCUCUGGCAUCUCGUGUGGCUGAGUGGGACACCAGUGAGAAAAUUGGAGACUUAUUUGUUGCUUCGUUUUCCAAGUCCAUGGUGCUGGAUGUAUACAGUGAGUACGUGAACAACUUCACCAACGCCAUGGCUCUCAUUAAAAAGGCAUGCAUGUCAAAACCGGCCUUUUUGGAGUUCUUAAAGAAGAAGCAGGCAUCCAGUGUUGACCGGAUCACUCUGUACGGCCUGAUGGUUAAGCCCAUUCAACGAUUCCCUCAGUUCAUAUUGCUCCUGCAGGACAUGCUUAAGAAUACACCAAAGGGCCACGUGGAUCGUCUGCCCCUGCAGCUUGCUCUGACAGAGCUGGAGAUGCUGGCAGAGAAGCUGAAUGAACAGAAAAGAGUAGCUGACCAGAUUGCAGAGACUCAACAACUAGCCCGCACCGUCAGUGAUCGCCUGCUCAGUAAGCAACUGAACUCGGAGCAGGGGUCACUGGUCCUUUGUGAGACGCUUAUAGAGACUGUGUAUGGCGAGCGGGGACAAGUCCUGAAGUCGAAGGAGAGAAAGGUCUUUCUCUUUGAUGAUGUACUCAUCUGUGCCAACAUAAAUGUCAAGGGGCCUCCGGAUAUCAGCAGCCUGGUCCCUGUGGGCCCAAAGUACACAAUGAAGUGGAGCGCCCCCUUGCAGCAGGUGCAAGUAGUAGAAGUCGGACAGGAGGGCGCUCAAAACAAAGACACCAUCUUCCAACAGAGUGGGGCCAAACGGCAGGGUGGUGCUUGUGCUUCAGGUAAAGCAAUCCUGGGGCCUCCACGUCUCUACCAGGAGCUGCAGGAACUACAACAUGACCUUUCUGUUGUGGAGGAGGUCACUCUCCUCGUGGGCACGCUGCAGGGACAAUACCAGAACCUGAACACCACCGUGGCACAGGACUGGUGUCUGGCUCUGCAGAGGCUUAUUCGCAUCAAAGAAGAACAGAUCCAGAGUGCUAACAAAUGUCGCUUACGCCUGCAGGUGCCCGGCAGGCCAGACAAGUCAGGGCGUCCUGUCAGUUUCAUGGUGGUCUUCAACACUCCCAACCCCCUUAGUAAGAUCUCCUGGGUCAACCGUCUGCACCUUGCCAAGAUUGCACAACGAGAGGAGAAUUCACCAGGUUGGUUAUACGGAGAGGAUGAAGGGAAAACCAUGGCUCCAUUUUUGUCUCCGCUGCUCGCCUCUCACAUGCCUGUCUUUGCUGCAAAGUCACCAGAGAGAAAGCUUGAAGCUGCCAUCCACAAUCCUGUCCACUGUGCAUUGUUGGGUUUCUCUGCAGCAAGCACCUCUUUACCUCAAGGCUAUCUCUGGGUGGCUGGUGGAGGAGAAGGCUCUCAGGGGCAGAUAGAGAUAUUUUCCCUCAACAGGCCCAUGCCAAGGGCUGUGAAGAGCUUGCAAAUAGGCUCUGCGGUCCGAUGUCUGGAAUAUGUGCCAGAACCUUCUCCGACUGAGGACGUGGAGACUGGAAUUCAGAAGGCCCCCUCAGGGAUGGGUGCCAACAUUUGUGUUGGAUUAGACAAUGGACGCAUUCUGGUCUACGGCAGUGUGGACACUGCAGCACAGUGCCUAUUGACCCUUCAUAACCCAGAGGGCUGCCCUGUGCUGUGCCUGAAGCACUCCUCUCGCUUCCUGUUUGCAGGCCUGCGGAACGGGAACAUGAUGGUUUAUGGAAGAAACAACAGUGAUGAUCUUUGGGACCCUGAUUCCUGCAGAUGUGUAAAUCUGGGUUCAGAACCAGUACGGAUGUUGUUGGUGCUGGAUGACUCAGUGUGGGCAAGCUGCGGGAACUACGUCACAGUCAUGGACAUCUCCAGCCUCAACACUCAGAAGUUUGAAGUUCAUCCAGACCCAAUGGUCAGCGUCGCACACAUGGCACGUGCCGGUGGAGGGGUUUGGAUGGCGUUCUCCGAGGGUUCCUCCAUUCGUCUCUUUCAUACUGAAACACUGGAACUUCUGCAGGAAAUCAACAUCUCCACACGCUCAACACUGCUGAACACUGGUCAAAAGAACAUACGGGUCACAAGUCUCCUAAUUUGCCAGGGGCUGCUAUGGGUUGGUACUGCCCAAGGCUUAAUUAUCACUCUUCCAGUCCCCAAACUGGAGGGCAUCCCCAAAAUAACAGGAAAGGGAAUGGUCUCUCUAAAUGCCCACUGUGGGUCUGUGGACUUCCUGGUGGCCACCACAAGCACCCUCUCUCCAGAACUUCUAAAGAGGGAUUCCAUCGGGGAUGGACCAGACUCUGCCUGUGGAGGCGAGGACCGCAGCGACACCUCCUCUCAGGAAUCCCUGCAACAGUCCAGUUCCUACCAGGGAGAGGCGAGAGGCAAAGCACGUGGUGUUCUGCUGCAGUACAAGCUGCGCUCCACAUCAGGGCUGCCUGGGCGGCCUUUAACGGCAAUGGGCGAUGAGGCGUCAGACUCCUCCCUGGAGUCUUUGGAACACAGUGUGGAAGAUGGAUCUAUAUAUGAGCUCAGUGAUGACCCAGAAAUGUGGGUUCGGGGGCGUCCUUGUGAGAGGGACGGGGGACGCAGAGACAGGGUGAUUUCUGCAGCUGUUAUCUCUGGAGGCAAAGGCUUCCGUAGACUGAAAGAAGGUGCACCAGCAGGUACUAGGACAAGUGGGGAGGCUUUAGAGAAUAUUCUAAUGGUAUGGCAGCUCCCACUGACAGUGUGAUAUGGAAAAUAUAUGGCAAGGUGAAGCUUAUUUAUAGAUCCCAGCUUAGCCUUGAGUCACCUGUUCCAUAAAUUCAAGGGAUUUGAAUAUGUGUUGAGAGGGUGUUGCCACUAUUACAGAACUUGACAUCUUAUGAUAUAGCAUGUGGAAUAAGGAAGCUAUAUGCUCUUCACCAGAGGUACUGUCAGCCGAUAGAACAUUUGAAUGUUAAGUAUUGUACGUCAUCAUCUUCCCAGCAGUGGCAGAGGCCGCCACAGAUUAGUUCCUUGUGGUUAUUUUGAUCUGGUUCCUCUUCCUGCCUUAGUUAAGAUUAAUAUGCCUCAAUUGAACCUCAUCAUUGCUGUGUGUGCUGUGCCACAUUUAUUUUAUGUGAAGGACUUCUGUGUGAGCACCCAUGGACAGCAUGCCUUUGAGAGGCAGCCUUUGUUGAAUCCGCCAUGCUCUGCAGAGUUAGAGAUGGACAUCUUUUAUCUGAUCCUGCGAGAGAGAUCCCAUCUGUUAAGAGCUGAAAACUGGGGACUACCACCGCAUCACAAAGCACAUUAGCAUCACUUUAUUAGCUUUGCCAGCCAGUCUCUCAUCCCAUACAAUGUGAAUGUAAGAUACCUUCUAUUGUGUCUCAAAAUUGAAUCUGGGCUCUCUUAAAAAAAAAAAGAAAGAACUUCAUUUUUAUGGUUUUGCUGCAGCUUUCGCAAAAAAAUUCGGUAACAAAAAAAUGACUUGCUUCCAAGAGCUUACCAUGGAUUUGUUGAGGAGGGCCAUGUUAAUACAGACUGACCGUAAAAUCAUCCAAACAAACUGGGAUUUUUUUGCUGUUUGCAAAAUCAAAAGUUGGGAGAGAGGAAGUCAUUGCUUUAUAUAGCAGAAUCUAUAUUUGCACUGUAGAAAUCCUGUAAUUAUUACCGUUUAAUUUGAGGAAAAGAAUCUUCUUGGUAUCACAUUUUAAAGUAUUAUCUUGUCCAAAUUAUGUAAAUGACAGAUAUCUUUCAUUAUUCACUGUCAUCUAUCAUCAGCAUAAAACAAAUGUGUGCACCGCCUUCUUAAUACACAACUCACAUUAGCUGGAAGCUCCAGUUAAAAGCUAAACUCUAUACACAGAUGAUGUAAUAAAUGCUGCAGCCAUCCAAACUGCUGUUGGCUAUGUCUCAACAGAGAGAACCUACCUAAGAGAGAUGAGCAUAUUUACAUGCACAUUCAUUUUCAAUAGCAUCUGAGUUGAUUAAGAUGAGCCCCCAUUACAGUUAACACACUGUACACUGAUGUAUAUUAUUUGUGACAUUAGCAAGGCCACUGAGUCAUUUAAACCUUGUCCAUAAACACUUGUUUUCCCUCUGUCAUGAUAGUAUUUUUGGUAAACACUUGGAGUUUAAUGCAGACAUUAAUAUUUUAUGAUGAAGAUAUGAGGAUUCAGAUAAACAAGUUGUCAUCACUGUUAGAUGAAAAUCUCACAUCUCCAUUUUUGUUGGUAAUCAUGUAGAUGGAAGCCAUCCGACUAUGAACAUGGCUUUGAGGAUUUUCAAUAAACUGAGCAAUAGUGAAGGUUAUUGUAUAUCAUUGUUCUCCACCUCUGUCUCUACUUAGCCUUUCCACCACACAUGGAUUCUCGCCUUAUCCCUUCAUCACAGAUGAAGCAUAAAGUUCAUGUUUUGUAUUUCCCUGACGCACAUUGAGGUUUAUUUUCCCUUUUCUUCUCCUCCUUACCACUUUGAUUCAGAGCAUUUAAACAUCCUGCUGUCUGCCAGGAUCAUUCAAAAAAGAAAAAAAAGAUGAUGUAAACUAUCCUUGGAUGCUAUCAUCUAAAUGUAAAUCUCAGUGUCAGGUCAUAAAUGUAUACUCUAAUUCAUGUGAGAUUCAUUGCUGCUGGAGCAACAACACCCUCAUGGUCAUAGAUGUUCAGUCUGAAUAACAGGAUGAGCUUGUAUCCCUGCUUGAGAAACCUAAUGAAAUAUACAUGACUCAUUCACAGAAGCCACCAUAGAAUUUGCAUUGUUGAACUGUUCCUCAAGCGUAUCCGCCAACAGCUGAGAUUUAAUCUCAAAAGUAUCUUGACCUUUGAUGGACACUCACACAUUUCAUUUGCUUACACUACAUGUGUACUAAGUAUUAUCCAUGUGCAGAAUAUUAAUACUCAUGACUGGUCGUACUGUACUACUAAUUAGAACUGCUACUGUACUACUGUAAUUAAACCAAUAUCCCUUUUUGUAAAGAGGACUCUGUAACAGUGUUGAUGUUUUAGAUGAAAGUGAAACAAUUUUAAGCAAUAAUUCCUGUGGUGUUAAAGGAUAAUAUCAGUUUAUUACAAAUUGGAUUUUCUUUUUCCAGGUUCGGUCCUUGUUUCUAUCUGUUAUGAUAACGUACUCACAAAGUUAAUCGCUGAGAUGUAGCACAGUUGCUAAAAAUUAGAAAAGACUGAUAAGCAGUCAGAUUAUCAUACAGGUUUUAAACAAACUCCUGGAUUAGCCAGAAACAAGCAGACGGUAAAUUAUUACCCAAACUGUCUGUUGUAAACAUCUAUUACUGUUAACAGACCAUCUUCCAUGCUGAAACGCUAUUGUACUUUUUCGCAACCACAUAAAGUGAUUGAUAAUUGAAGAGUAGGCUUGUUUACACUUGCACACUGUCUGAGGGCUCAUGUUUCAUUGUAAGACUUCAUUGUAGAAAUUUCAACGUGUUUCCAGAUCUUAGCAAUUAAAAGAACAGCUCUGAAAAAAUUAAGACAUUUUGAGAAAUUUGCUCAUUUGUUUUCUUGCCAAGAUAUACAUAAAGAUUGAAAGUACUCUUGUGUUUAUCUGUUAAAUAUGAUGUUAAAUCAAAAUUAAAUGUUGCACAACUCUUCUCUGAGUUGUGUUAUCUUGCCUUCAUCAAGAUAUUUGAGGCAAAUUAUCUGUGUACUUGUACUAAAGAAUAGUUGUGUUACAUGUUUUAAUUUUGAUGGACUUGCUUAGAAGCUCACACAGGUAACACCUCGCUGCAGAAAGCACAAGGACUUGAAAAUGAGAGAAAACACGUUCCUACUGCAUUAUACCUUGUUUGUUUAAUCCUUUAUAACAGCAAAGUGUAAAAAUAUCAAGUUGUGGUUUAAUGGAGGGUUAUGUCCGUGACUAUUUAUUCACUGGAAGCAAUUUUUGGGAAACCAGCUGUGACCCGAGGAAAAAAGGCCUCGUAAAGUCACAGUGUGUCAUUUUUACAGGUUGUUUUUUGUUUGGAUUAAACUAAUUAUAUAAAACAUUUUAAUUAUUAAGCUUUAGAGGUUCUGGUAGUUGGAUUUUGUUACCUAUGCCUGCUGUUUCCAGUCUUUGUAUUAAGCUAAGUUGACCGAGUUGUAGUUUCGUAUAUAACAUACAUACAUGAGAGUAAUAUCAAUCUUUAUAUCUAACUCUAAGCAAGAAAGCAUAUAAAAAGUAUAUUUCCUAAAAUGUCUAACUGUUCCUUUAACUUGGCAAUAGUUAUCCUUUAAGCAUUGAUAAAGUAUUAUACUUAUGCCAUUGAAGGUAUAUGGAAACACAGCGCUUGUGUCUUUUGGUACAGUACUUUAAUGUUAAAUGUCUAAACAUUGUCUAACAAGCUUAUGCUAAAUUAAAAUAUCUUUGAACAUGA